UCUGCUCACCGCUCUAUGGUGCGGGUGCCGGCCUCGGAGGACUUCCGGGGUCAGCUGGGCCGGGCCGGCGGGAAAGCAGCGGCGCGAAAGAGGAAACUUCCCAGUCGUUUCCCGGCUGUUUCACGGGUGAUGGUGCCUGAGGCGGAGAUGGUGCCGGGCGAGGCGCCGCCGCCCGGUCCGGGGUCGCCGCCGGAGCGGGAGACGGCCGCCACCAGGAAGCAGCGCGCCUGGGCCCGGAGGAAGGCCUUUUCCUUGUUCGUCAAAGCAAAGGAGGUGCCGGCGGCGGGCCAGUGUGCCGGCGGCGGAGGCGGGCCGCGGUGGCGGUGCUGCCGGCAGGCGUUUGAAGAGCUGGCCGGCAUUCACAGGCAUGUGGCUCUGCAGCACGGCAGGGACAUUGGGCAACAGGCAGGGCUGGCGGCCGAAGUCAGCCCUUCGAGCGGCCCGGCUCCUGCCGGCAACGGGGACGGGCUGAACGGGCACUCGUGUAGCAGCCCUGAGAUCUCCUGUACGCUCCCAGACACGAGCCACCUUAGCUAUGAAGAGCUGACGAGCGAGGUGGGAGAAGUACUUCUGUAUUACUGUUACUGUGAGGUGAAGGAUCCAGAGAAACUCUGUGCUUGGCAAAAGGCCCUGUGCCAGCAUCUGCAUCUCACUGGCAAGGUACGAGUGGCUUCAGAAGGGAUUAAUGGGACCAUUGGUGGAAGCAAAGUAGCUACCAGUCUCUACAUUGAAGUUAUGCUUUCCCAGCCUCUGUUCAAAGACAUUUUGGGUAAAGAGGAUUUCAAGAGCAGUGCAGGAGGAGCUCACUGUUUCCCAGACCUUCGAGUUGGAGUAUUCAAAGAAAUUGUACCUAUGGGCAUUGAUCCAAAGAUAGUGUCUUACAAAGAAAAUGGAAUCCACUUAUCCCCUCAGGAAUUUCAUAGAGAAGUAGAACAGUAUCUGUCUCAGGCCAGUCAAGGACAAAGCGAUACCAUCUUGCUGGACUGUAGGAACUUCUAUGAAAGUAAAAUAGGACAUUUCCAGGGCUGUCUGGCUCCAGAUAUCAGGAAGUUCAGCUAUUUUCCCAGCUAUGUAGAUGAAAACCUGGAGCUUUUUAAAGACAAGCGUGUCCUGAUGUACUGCACAGGAGGGAUUCGUUGUGAAAGAGGCUCUGCUUACCUCCGGAGCAAGGCAGUGUGCAGAGAGGUAUACCAGCUAAAAGGUGGAAUUCACAAGUACCUGGAAGAGUUUCCAGAUGGAUUCUACAGGGGGAAGCUGUUUGUGUUUGACGAUCGUUACGCCAUUUGUUCCAAUGAAGAUAUCAUCUCAGCAUGCAGAUACUGUGGGACACUGUGGGACCAGUAUAAACUCUGUUCCAGCCAGCACUGCCGGCAGCUUGUCCUGACAUGUCCAAGUUGUCGCAACAAAGGUCUUACAGCUUGCUGUCCUGUUUGUCAAGAGAAAGAACUCAAGGUGACUUCAAGGGCUUCAGGACAGACAGUUAAGGAGGAAUGUGAAUGUACAAGGAGACGGCCAAGGGUACCUAUUGAACAUGUCUUGCAAAGGACGCUGGACACAGGAAAAGAUUAAGCAGUUUCAUUAGCUAAUCUGAUACGUGCUAAUGCAAAGGGCUUCUAUAACCAGAUCCCUAUCUGUUACUCAGUUAGGUUUGGAAAUCGUGAAAAUGUGUUGGCUCGGAAAGUCUUGUUCAUAUGCUGCCUUUAAGCCUAGAGUAUGCCCUCAAAACCAUCCAUUACUUGACUGUAAAUUACCAGAGUGCCCAGCCCAUCACCAGCACUGCAGGAGUCUUCUCCCUGGGUACAGUCCUGUAGCCUGGCCUCUACCAUGGGGAUUCUGGAGCAGAGUAUGUGCAUUAGGACACAGUUACUCACAAUUCAAAAGAAACUGAAGGGACAUAAGAACAAUUCCAUUCUUUUCCUCCUGCAUGGAGAUAGAUCUGUCCAACCUCUCCGUUGAUCAUGCAUUUCCUUCAAUAGCUAGCGUUAGGGUGUGAAAACCGCAGAUAUAUCAGUUGAGUGACCAGUUUAGAGCUAAGAUAUUUUCCACGUACAUGCCAUCUGCCUGCAUCUCUUGCUUUAUACCGCUGAGAAGCAAGUUACCUGAAGUCAUUAACUUGACUCCUGCGUUACUGGCUGAAGGCAGCAUAAGGACCAACAGAUACUGUCUGUUCAGCCAUACUUGUGUGUGACCUGUAGGAUGAACAGCAAAAGUAAUCCUCAUUCCAAUGCUCUUGUCUCCCCAGCAACUGUUAUUUCUCUCAACUUGUGACUACAUGAAAUAUCCAGGGCUCAGCUCUGCUUGCACUAGAAAAAUCCGACAGCUUGAAGCUUGUUGAAACUGAGACACAGAGAGGGGAGCACACAGACUGUCAAAAUACCAGCAUUAUGGCACUGGAAUUGAUGCAGACAUGUGUGCAUAAAUGUCAGCAACAGCUAUAACGUGACACCCAUCUGCAAGAAGGGCCAGAAGGAUGAUCUGGGGAACUACAGGCCUGUCAGUCUGACCUCAGUGCCUGGGGAGGUCAUGGAACAGAUCAUCCUGGGUGCCAUUAUGCAGCACAUGAAGGACAGCCAGGCAAUCAGGCACAGUCAGCAUGGGUUCAUGAAAGGCAGGUCCUGCUUGACAAACCUGACUCCUUCAAUGACAAAGUCACUCACUUGGUGGAUGAGGGAGAGGCUGUGGAUAUUGUUUACCCGGACUUCACUAGCCUUUGAUACAGUUUACCACAGCAUCCUCCUGGAGAAGCUGGCUGCCCAGGGUUUGGACAGUAGUACUCUGCGCUGGGUUAAAAACUGGCUGGAGGGUCGAGCCCAGAGAGUGGUGGUGAACAGAGUUAAAUCCAGUUGGCGGCUGGUCAUGAGUGGUGUUCCCUAGGGCUCAUUAUGGGGCCAGUUCUCUUCAAUAUCUUUAUCAAUGAUUUGGACAAGGGGAUUGAGUGCACCCUCAUUGUUUGCAGGCGACACCAAGUUGGGUGAGAGUGUCAACCUGCUUGAGGGUAGGAUGGCUCUCCAGGGGAUCUGGACAGGCUGGAUUGAUGGGCCAAGGCCAACGGUAUGAGGUUCAACAAGGCCAAGUGCCAGGUCCUGCACGCGGGUCACAACAACCCCAUGCAGCGCUACAGGCUGGGGGAGGAGCGGCUGGAGAGCUGCCUGGCAGAAAAGGACCUGGGGGUGUUGGUCCACUGCCAGCUGAAUAUGAGCCAGCAGCGUGCCCAGGUGGCCAAGAAGGCCAACAGCAUCCUGGCCUGUAUCAGGAACAGUGUGGUGAGGACUAGGGAAGUGUUGUCCCCCUGUGCUCGGCCCUGGAGAAGCCCCACCUCGAGUACUGUGUCCAGUUUUGGGCCCCUCACCACAAAAAAGCCAUUGAGGUGCUGGAGAGGGUCCAGAGAAGGGCAACAAAGCUGGUGAGGGCUCUGGAGAAUAAAUCUUACGAGGCACGGCUGAGGGAGCUGGGGUUGUUCAGCCUGGAGAAAAGGAGGCUGAGGGGAGACCUUAUGGCUCUCUACAGCUACCUGAAAGGAGGCUGUAGGGAGGUGGGGGUCGGUCUCUUCUCCCAGGUAACAGGCGAUAGGACAAGAGGAAAUGGCCUCCAGUUGCACCAGGGGAGGUUUAGACUGGAUAUUAGGAAAAAUUUUUACACUGAAAGUUUUAUUAAGCAUUGGAACAGGCUGCCCAGGGAAGUGGUUGAGGCACCAUCCUGGAGGUAUUUAAAAGAUGGGCAGACAUAGUGUUUAGAGGUAUAAUUUAGAUUAGUGAUGGUUUUUGUCACAGUUAGGCUGAUGGUUGGACUAGAUGAUCUGAAAAGUCCCUUCCAACCUAGGCAAUUAUGAGAUUCUGUAAGGAAACUGCAAGAUCCUUUAUUCAAGCUAAGUAAUUCAAGAUUUGGGGAUCAUUUGUGUUUUGUAAACAUGGGUUGAGUUUUUCAAAAGCUGUGAGAUGUUUAUGCAAUUUCCAGCUCCUAUUAGUGGAGAAAUUGUCUUUGAAAUUGAAGGGAUCCACAGCUUACGAACUCAAAAUACUUCUCUGCCUGCUGCUUUGUGUGCCUGAUGCUGUAGAAUGUAC